ACGAAUAUUUACUUUUUCAAAGCAAUCAAUUUUCAAGAUCAGCUUGUCAGAUUUUAUAGUGUAUGGGGUCACUGUGCUAUAGUUUUCACCUAUUUUUGCACCACAGAUCUUUUGUUUGCCAGGAAAACCUUUUAAGUAGUUAAGUUGUCUAGCCGCACAAGAAAUGGCAGCAUGCUCUCCAUAUUGAGCCUCAGCACUCUGAUCACUAAGACAAGAUACAGACGCUGUAACAAACAAAAAGCCUUUUCAGUGUUUGUCUUGUGCAAAAGCCAAACAAGUCAGGAGGAAGACCAACCGGUUCAAGCUGAUAUUCUAACAAGAAGCAAAUAUCCUCUCUGCUCAGGUACCAUUGAGCAGAUCACCAAAACUAGCAUUUAUGAUGAAGUAAAAAGGGGAUUUUUAUAUCCAGUGGAUUCAUGUCCAGUGUUGACUUCAAGCUGCAGGAAAGAGUUUAAAAAGAGAAUUAAUCUGGCACCAUCAUGUGAUUUGGUUUGCUGAGGUUCACUUCAUGCUACAGCUGAGCACGCACUACAGUGACCACUGUCCGGAAGCGAUGUCACGUCGCAUUCUGUAGCUGAGAGUCUCCAGGGACCCCUCCUUUGGAGCUUGCAUAUAAAACGAGUGACCCGCCCCUCCCGGACAAAUGAGAUCCAGCCCGGCCCGACGCGCCUGUGCUGCGCUUCAUGGAUGCCUCGGCAGUUCAGCAUCCUCAGCCCUGCCCAGCUCUGCGGAAUUAACGCUGUGACACGGACAAAUCUGACCGGCCUCUCCUCCUCGGGCUACUACAAAUCACAAAUACUGUAGUGUUGCAAGAGCUGCCAUGGCAAACAGAGGGCCCAGCUACGGACUGAGCCGAGAGGUGCAGGAGAAGAUCGAGCAGAAGUACGACCCAGACCUGGAGCAGCGGCUGGUGGACUGGAUUGUUGCACAGUGUGGGGGAAAUCUGGAGAGGCCGCAGGCGGGGAGAGAGAACUUCCAGAAAUGGCUAAUGGAUGGAACAAUCCUCUGCAGGCUUAUCAACAGCCUCUAUCCAAGGGGGAAGGAGCCUAUCAAGAAGAUCCCAGAGACACAAAUGGCCUUUAAACAAAUGGAGAAGAUCUCUCACUUCCUGCAGGCAGCUGAAACUUAUGGAGUCACAACCACUGAUAUAUUUCAAACCGUGGACCUCUGGGAAGGAAAAGACAUGGCAGCAGUGCAAAGAACUCUUAUGGCUCUGGGGAGUUUGGCUGUUACAAAGGACGAUGGUCAUUACAGAGGUGACCGAGACUGGUUCCACAGGAAAGCUCAGGGGUAUCGGCGAGAGUUCAGCCAGGAGCAGCUCCGCCAAGGCCAGAGUUUGAUCGGACUGCAGAUGGGCAGCAACCGCGGCGCUUCCCAAGCUGGUAUGACGGGCUACGGUAUGCACCGUCAGAUCAUGUAGAACACUUACUAGCUAACCUGCUUCCUUGCUACCUUAUUUUCUACUAAUACCACAAAAAGUUGUAGCCCUAAAAAAACCCAUAUCCUUUGUAGCACCUGCCAUGUUAACCUCAAUCUUCCUGGAAUUGCUGCUUUCCCAAACAGUGUCCUGUCUGUAAAAAUGAUGUCAAAUGCUGUAGAUCUCCUCCUUCAAGCUCCUCUCCUGUUCCUCUCUUUCCUUGCUGUUCUCCCUUUAGCUUUGUUUAAGUUCCAUGUCCAAAUGAUUACUUAAUUUGGAGCUCAGUCAUUCAACAUCUACUUAGUCUUGUAGAGAAUUUAAGAUUAAAAUCUCUAU